CUACGUUUUGAUCUUUGUACCAUCAAGCUGAAGUAUAAAACCCGCAUAUAAACAUGGGUACUAUAAACUGGGAAUCAUGUCGGGCUAUUUUAUUCUGCUUUCACUGUUUGCCAUAUUUGUUGUUAGAGGAUCCGCUUUUUUUGAAUGCAAGGGAUUCGGUCAGUGGUGCGAUGGCACGAUAUUCAACCGAUGUUGCGACAAUUUGAACUGCCAGCUAGAUAGAUUUGCUUCUGGUACCUGCCAGCUGUGCAUUGGAAGCGGAUACGCCUGCGGAUUAUCCUCGCAAUGUUGCUCAAACGACUGCCAAUGGUUCAGAUGUAGACCAAUGCUUCAAUGAUGCUGAGUGACAGCUUGAGCAGAACCGUUUAAAUCUGCUUUCUUUAACCAGUAUUGUGCUUUUCUAAGGGUCAUAAAAACUCGAAAUAUAUCCUGUAAGUUCAUUUUAAACCAUGCGGCCUCAGUGUAUUUAAAAUUACAAAAAAAUCAGUUUACCGAGAGGUUUGCAAUUAUGUGCAAUUUUGGUGAUGAUUACAAGACUCUUUAUGUAAAAAGCCAUCAAACAUUGGGGAGGGCAGACUGGAGGCGCUGCAGACAGCAGAAAAGAUAUGCCAACUAAGGCUGAUCGAUACUUCAGCAAGAGAGGGUAGCAAAUUUCAGUAUGUUCUGUAAGGAGCAUCAGCUCUCAAUCAACCUCAAAACGCAAGAUUAACCCAUCCAAAUCUGAAUGUUUCUUUGUAGGUUUGUAGUUUCCCGGGGACUCAUGCCUAUCUUAGGUACAAUGCUGCUUGCGUAUUGCUGCAAAAAUGCGUUUAUUUCAUAAAUGGGUCUCAUACUUCAAUAUUAUAUCAGAUUUUGGUAUAUCGGUCAUCACUGAACAUAAAUAUGAGUUAAAAGUGGCAUGGCUAUUGUGAACUUGACUUCAUUCUGUGAAUUGCUGAGCACUGCAGUAUGUUUGGAUGAAGCAGGCAGUCGAUGAGUAUUUCCAAGUCGUCACACACCACGGCGAAACUGCUUGGAAUAUAUUUGUCUUCUGCUGGCGCUAUGGAAACCUUACUGCUGAAUGAAACCGACAGCGUUUAGUAGCACUCGAUACAGUGGGGUUUGCUUUAUUGCACCUUAUUUGUUGUUUGUAUUUCCGUAGUUUUCCGAGGAUUACGUGGCAAUAAACAAACACUUCAUGCAACUUUGGCGUCAGCUGUUGGGGACUACCUGAUUGGUCCGAUGUACUCUUACAACUAUUGGAAAAUCAAAUCCCUUUGGAUGUAUUUAAGCACUGUGCAAAAGUUGCUAUCACACGCUAAAGGAAGCCUACAGGAUACGAUACUAUUCUUCUGGUCGGUUGUAAAGAAAUAAUCCUUGUCUUUUUUCUCAGAGUGAUGUAUCUAAUGCUGUUCUAAAGUUAACAACGAGGAACACAAGCCAUUCUGUUACAGUGGUGCUUUCGAUCUCAGGAAAACUCUGUGGUAUUAAAAUGGUCCUUAUAAUCCUGACUCACUAGGCCUCGAAUGUCAGCUUUUAGGUUGUAACUCAGAGGGCUGACCCUAGUCUGAGGGAGAACAUGCUUAAAACGGCCUGUCAUGGUUAACUAGGUUGCGAUGUUCGGCUUACCGGUGGUUGGUGAAAGCUGAGCUUCGUGUGCGGUCCCUGGUCGAAACAACUUCCGUUUUCUCGGUAAACUCUGAGUGCCUUUGUUGUGAGCUCUUUGCUGCACCCGACAUAUAAAUUUGGUGGAUCGUCUUUACUCAUCGAGAUCUUUUUGUUUAACAGAAAUCAAGUGUACAGAAAACGUAAGUUUCAUUGGUAAAAUAGGUGUGUGAUAGGUCAGAGUUGUUUAUUUGAUCGCCAAUGCCUGGGUUACGGAUGCUCCCAUCAAUUGACAAAUCAGCCUGGUAGUGCGCAACCGUUAUACAAAGUUAUACUCCAUUUAAACUAGCGGCACAGCCUGCUAUAGCUCACCAGCAAAUUAAAUGUAGAAUGAGGUUACAACGAACCAUGUCGCUUUAUUGCAUAGAAAAAGCCGGACAAAUUUCCCACGAAUCCCCACCUUCCGGGGUUUAGAUAGCCAUUUUUUCAUCGCGUGAGAUUCUACAGGAAUGUAUUUGCUUUCUUGCGGGAAAACACAAUAGUAAAGCAAAUGGAAUGUGGUAGGAGUAGCAGUUUCGUAAAUUCAGACGGUAAUAUCGGAUAAAAGGGUUAAGACAAGUAUGUGCACCACGUGAAGUUCUCUGUGAGCGGUAAAUUCAGCUAGGAAGCAGACGAUAAGGCCACUAUAUUCUUCCUACAUAUUGAAGCAGUUAACGCUUAGAUGCCUCCCUUCAGGCGGAGGUAAAUAGAAAGCAACUCAAUAACUAACACAGCAAAGCCAGCGGGAAUAGUAGGACCAGAGGAGGCCUAAGGCACUACUCAUAACGUUGUUAGAAUCUCCUGACAGCCCAAAAAACGUUGCGUCCAUCUUGCGGCUCAUCGCAUCGGCAAGGUCUCCGAGGUUCUAUCAAAAGUAUGUUCCACCUGAACUCGAAUUUCCAAAUGAGUCUCUCGUCGAAACCAGACUGCUUUUCAGAUGAGUGUAUAUAUGAAGAUUGCUUAUGGAAUAAUUAGUCUGACAUGUGUUACUUUGAACCAGUCUGGAAUGUUCCAUGGCUUCCUUAACCCCAGCCAGCAACCACCCAUCGAACGAUGUGAACCAUGCUAAACCUUGUUACUGGAAAAAAGUGCUUCAAAUGUUUAUUGAUAUUUAUAAUCAGGUGCAUGCAUUUAACCGUUAGCCUCCUGCUUGCUGUACACUUACUUCAAGUUUAUGUGAAACGAACAGUGGUGACCGAAGCAUUUUUCGACUUUCAUUAUUCUAUACUUUUUGUAUUUUGAAGGUUUGUGGUACACAGCAGUACAUUUUACUGUGCUCACAUAUCCAGAAAAUGCAGCAAAAAU